UGGUGGGUCAUAAUUCCGGAUAUUUCGUUGCGUUUGGCCAAUCAGGCCGUGUUUUAUCCGGCAUUCCCGUGUCAAGGAGCAUCCCUCGACGCACAACAGCAUUUGCUCAUGAGCACCUUCGGCCGCUUCUUUCGUGUCACUACGUACGUCCACCGCCAUUCCUUCCGACCUCGUGCUCACGUUACGUCAUGACAUGUUUUAGAUUUGGCGAAUCCCAUUGCAAAGGGGUCGGUGCCAUCAUCGACGGCGUCCCACCUGGCCUCGAACUCGACGAGCGUGACAUCCAACCGCAGCUCACGCGGCGCCGUCCGGGACAGAGCUCGCUCACGACCCCGCGCGACGAGAAGGAUCUCGUCACGAUCCAGAGCGGCACCGAGCAUGGCCUCACGCUGGGCACACCGGUGUCCAUCUUCGUCCCGAACGAGAACGUGCGGCCGCAGGACUACAAGGAAAUGAGCAACGUACCUCGCCCAGGCCAUGCCGACUACACGUACCAAGUCAAGUACGGCGUCCGUGCAUCGAGCGGUGGCGGACGCGCCAGUGCGCGAGAGACCAUCGGUCGUGUGGCGGCAGGCGCGAUCGCGGAAAAAUGGUUGCGACUGAAAUACAACACCAAGAUUGUGUCGUGGGUCAGCUCCAUCGGCCACGUGGACAUGCCACUACACGACCUCAACAACCCGAACGCCCCGCUCUACUCCCGCGACGACAUUGACAACCUCGGCCGUCUGCGCAUCUUGCUUCGUCCUGGCUCGAAUGAAGCCGACUUCAUCGCUGGCUCGGCGAACCUCACCGAACCAGCGUACGCCGACUUGAACGGUGCCAUCUACAACCGCCACGGACACGCUUUGUCCAUUCCCGACGGGUUCGACGUCGAGCAAUGGGGCGCGGCGGGUGACCUCGUGCCCGUGCGGUGUCCGCACAUUCCGUCGGCGUGCGCCAUGGCCACCACGAUCCGCGAGUGCAAAGCCGCGAGCGACUCGAUUGGCGGCGUUGUGACGUGUGUGAUCCGGAACGCGCCGGUCGGAUUGGGCGAGCCCUGCUUUGACAAGAUGCAGGCCAUGUUGGCGCACGCGAUGCUGUCGCUGCCGGCCGUCAAGGGGUUCGAAUACGGCUCGGGGUUUGCAGGCACCCGCAUGCGCGGGUCCCAACACAACGACCCGUUUUGUGCCUCGUCGGCUUCUGGGGCGUUGGGCGUGGCCAAGAACGAUGCCGGCGGCGUCCUCGGCGGCAUCUCGUCGGGUGCCGACAUUUACUUUCGCAUUGCCGUCAAGCCCGUGUCCACGAUCGGUCAAGCCCAAUCCACAGUCGACUACGACGGACAAGACACGGUGCUGGAAGCCAAGGGCCGCCAUGACCCGUGCGUGUUGCCGCGCGUCGCGCCGCUCGCUGAAGCCAUGGCGGCGCUCGUCCUCGCCGACCUCGCGUUGGCCCAGCUCGCUCGACAAGGCUCGGUUGUUCUCCAUUGAUCGCAUUGAGUAAUGAUAAGUCAAGUCGGCUCGGUUCUCAAUCGAUAUUUACUUACUCCCUUGAGUGAUAUAUAUACAUCGAGUCUGUACGAUUGGGGUGAGGAUGAUGCAUUGGAAUCACGACGAGCAGC